CUCCUCAGAGCCACAGACGCCAUGAGCUUGGCUUGCUUCCUGCAACGCCCAUUAAGUUCUAGUUAAUGGCGUUUUCUGCAAAUGUUCUCCUUCAGAACAGAACCCUAAUUCCUCUGGAUUUCCAAGUUUUGAAACUUCGCAGCCCUAAAUUCGUCAUCAAUUCUCCAUCUUUCUCUCAGAAUCAUCAAACCAAGAAACGAAUUUUGGCCUCUGCAUCCACGACAAACGUUGCCAGUGAAUUCCAAGUUCAGGAAAAUAAACCAGCGUCAAUCAGCAGUAAUUGGGAAGUUUUUGCUAGAAAUGUAUCUGGUGAAUGGGAUGGUCACGGGGCAGAGUUCACAAGUGAAGGAAAACCAAUAGAACUUCCUGAAUCUGUGGUACCUGAAGCUUUCAGGGAAUGGGACGUUCAGGUUUUUGAUUGGCAGACACAGUGCCCCACACUAGCAAACUCAGAAGAGCGCAUUCUUGCGUACAAACUGAUUAAACUACUUCCAACUGUUGGGUGUGAAGCUGAUGCAGCAACUCGGUAUAGCAUCGAUGAGAGGAAUAUAGGGGGUACAGAAAACCAAGUUUCUGGUUUUGCCUAUCAUCCAAGUGGAUGUUUUGUAGCUCUAUGGCCCUUGGAGGAUCAUGGUUCUUACAGAUUGUUAGAAUUGGAGCAUUGCUUGGUUGAUCCUCGAAAUCGGGAAUCGCGUGUGAGGAUAAUUCAGAUUGUACAUACAGAUAAUAUAGUGUCAUCGUUGCAAAACAUCAAGGUGUUCUGUGAACAAUGGUAUGGGCCUUUCAGAAAUGGGGAACAGCUUGGUGGAUGUGCUCUUCGUGAUUCUGGAUUUGCUUCUGCAGAAGCACUGAAAAUCUCGGAAGUUGGUGGUGAAUGGGAGGGUCCUGUUGCUGUUGCCAGCUUCCUAGGAGAUCAAAAGAAUAUUUUCCAAGAACUUGUAGCGGACAAGCCACAGAAGUCAGUAAGAGGUCAACAAGGUCUAGUAUUGCUUCCAAAGCAGUUGUGGUGUUCACUUAAAGAAAGAGACAGUGGUGAAAUUUAUGGAGAAGUGGGAUGGUUGUUAGAUCCUGGGCUCUCUAUCUCAUCGAAAUGUGUCGUCUCGAAAGAUGGGAAAUUGAAGGAGAUAGUAAUAGCAAAUGAAACUGCAGUUUCAGAGAAGAAAUAGCUGUUAAGUCUCAAAUUCAUUUCAGUGCACUCCCAUGAAGCCUUCAACUAUAAGCUAUUUUUUUAUGGUUUAUUGUAUUAUGCUCGAUGGAAAUUAUUAACAUAAAAUUGUAUCCCACUGUUAAGGCUUUGGUGGCAUGUCAUUGUAUUUCAGAUGUCAAUUUUCCUCCAUCUUAUCAUAUAGCAUAUACUUGAUCUCAGUUCUCAGACUGGAUGAUCUGCUGCAGUUGGAUGACCAAAUGUAAAAAAAUUAUCCUUCAUGGAAAGAAAGUGCAUCAUUUGCAUCCAAGUCAUUA